AUCAUCUUUCCACUUUGCUCUGCUGAAGCAGACAAUCUUGCCUACUGAGUUGCCAUUCGCAAUAUGUUUGUGGAGAGAAGAGAAAGUUGUGUUUGUUGACAUAUAAAAUAGUUAAGGUUUUAAGAAAUAUAACGCAAAUAUGGAUUUUGGAAAACUGUUAUAUACUGCCCACAAAAAUGAAAAAUCAGCUAACAAAGAUAUCAAGUGUUACAAAACCAAAUUUGAACCACCGAAGAAAGAGGUCAAAACUAAAACAGAUUUAUCGGCUAAUAUAAAAAAAUUCAUGCAAAAGCGUGAGGAAGAGGAUAGAAAAAAAGCUGAAGAAGAGAAAAAAAAGAAAGAGGAACUGUUGGCUCUGAGAAGCCAAGACAAGAAAGCGUACAAGAGAGUACAGACUAUGUUGAAGCGCACCAAGUCAGCCAACAAGAGUGUCAUGGAAGAUGCCAUAGACGACGUCAACACUGUAGUUACCAUGGCAGGACCACAGCAAUGCGAUGAGGACGACUACGGAUACGUGUCCCAGGAGGCUUCAGCGUUUUAUGCCAAGCUGAUGGACAAAUACUCAAGCAUGCCACCAGAAGAACCCAAGUUCUCUCAGUCCAAGAAACCUGUCGUCAAAGACUUGAAUGCCGCCAAGGACCGUGUCAGAGCAGCAUUGCAAAGAGAGGAAGAAGAAGAAAUGAUGCCUCACAAAAGGAAAAGAAAGUCAAAAUCUGAUAAGGCAGGUGAAGAAAAUGGUGAAUCAGAGAGAGGGGAUGAAAGAUCAAGAUCGAGGGAACAUUCUCCGGUGGAGGAACCGAAGCCAAAAAAGCCAAAGAAGAUGGCGCCUCCACCCAUGGACUUCAAUUCCUUAUUGAAGCUCGCAGAACAAAAGCAGUUUGAACCCAUACAGAUUGAGAAAAAGGUCAAAGAGGAUGAAGAAGAGAGGCCCAUGACAAAGAAACAAAAGUUGGAAUAUGAACGGGAACGUGAAAGUAGAGAAAGAAGAAUGCAACAUGAAAGCAUGAAGAAUGGGCAAAGAAGGCCAGAAUCUCUAAAUAGAAUUCCAAAACUAUCUGAUGGAGGUGAAAGGAAGGAUAAAAUCAACGGAUUUGGACGUAUUCCUAAGAAAUCCAACCCUGAAGGCAAGCCUAGGGUCGAUGAACCUGAUGGCAAUAUUCUAAGGAACGUUCUUAAGAGAAAAAAUUCUAUUGAUUCUGACAGUAAUAGCAGAAACAAUUCUGAUAGUGAUCGCUCAAAGCAAACAAAUCAUCGAACAGAUCGACCAAAAAGCCACCAGGAUUCUAAUCGUUCUACAAGUAACUCUGAUGUCAACCGUAGAACAGAAUCUUCACACAAGAACUAUGAGAGAAAGAGUACGAAUCCUUCACAAGCCUCCAUAACAGCAAAUAAAACCAAGUCAAGAAAUCAUAACAUGUCCGAUGAGGAACAUUCUGAGGCCUCAGACUCGGGUUAUGAGAGAUCCGGUUCUCUCGGAAAUGACCAAAACCGAAAUUACAAACCUGACAGAUCCAACUCUUCCAACACAAACCAUAGAUCCAACCACAAUUCUAGCAGAGACUUCUCAGAAAGAAAUGGUUACAGUGACAGACCUAGAAAGCAAUCAGAUAAUGAGCACUCAGAUUCUCAGUCAGGCAGUGAUAGUAGAAAGUACACGUCUGAGAAAAAUCGUCCAAAUACCUCCAGUUACAAACAGAAGCCAGAAGUUAAGUACAAGCCUGACACAGAAAGAUCAAUGUCUCAGGUAAAACCAUCCAAAACAUCUAGUGGAAGGCCUACGGAGACAAGCCGUGAUAGACCUCGUUCCCCUAAUGACAGGUACAAACAGUCGUAUUCUGACUCAGAACCUGAUGAUGACAAAUACAGACCAUCCAAGGUCCAACCCUCCUCUUAUGAGAAGAAGUCGACCUUAAAUAGCAGACCAAUUGAGCGUAGUCGAGAUCGGUCCCGUUCACCCGAAACACCCAAAUACGAGGUCAAACGCAAACAUCCUGAAGCAGAUAAUGGUGAAAAAUAUGUACCUUCUAAAAAAGUCAAGAUGCCGUCAAGCAAAGAAAAGAAAUUGAUGAGUUUAUUCGAAGGAUCAGAUGAUGAAUUUUCAUCAAGUCAUGACAAUUCUAGGUCACACAAGGAUAUUGAAAACAGAAACCCUAAACCUUCCUUUAAUGGUGAUCGGCAAAAACCUGUUCAACUAGACUCCAAAUUCAAGAUCCCCAAAGCAAACUCUAAUGCCGACAGACAAAAAGUUGUUCAAAAACCAGAAAAAUACAAAUCUUCGGAAUAUGAAAAAACUAAUCUGAAAUCGUUAGAAAAUGUCAGAUCUUCCUCAAGCUCCAGUUCAAAACCACCUGUUACUAAAGAAGUAAGUAAACAACCGACGAAUUUAAGACCAGAAAAGUCAUCUAAUUCUAAACCAGAUUUGGACAAAAAUCGAAUUUCUGUUGACAAAAGUAAAGAAAAGCCAAGAUCUUCUAAUAAUGAAUCGCCGAAACCACUCAGCUCCUCAGACAACACGAAAAAAGUACCAUCCCAGCAAAGUGCUGAAGAAAUGUUGAAGAAAAAUGCAAAUGUUUGGUCAAAACCCUGUAAUCUAUCACCGUCUGCAAAGCCAUCAGGCUCAGGUUUGAGUGCCAGUCAGAUUGAGAGGUUGAGGCAGAUGAAUAAAAAACCAACACCGGCGAAGACGAGCACUCAGAGCCCGAGGGAUGAAAGAACAUCAGAUGGGAGACCCUUGCUUCCGAGAUCACUGGGACCUCAGGGAAAACCGAGCUUGCUGAAAGCAGCUGCUGCUGCUGCCGCCUCCAGAGCUGCCUCUCAGAGAGCGCAAACAAACUCAGAUACUAGAUCAUCGGAAAAACAACCUCCUACAACAAAACAAUUGAAUCGACAAGAAUCUUCUGCUGGUGCCUCGAACAAACCUCGAGAUCCCAAGGACUCUAGACCCAAGCAAUUUCCUCCAAGCGAUCUCAGACCGAAGCAGUUCCCUCCUAAUGAUCUCAAACCGAAGCAGUUUCCCCCCAGUGACCUCAGACCGAAGCAAUUUCCACCAAGUGACCUCAAACCAAGGCCUUUUCCACCAAAGGAUGUCCGAGGUCGUCAGUUUCCACCUGCCGAUGUUAAGAGGAAACCUAAACCUCGUCGUAUUGAGUCCGAGUCAGAAGAGGAGUAUGAUUCUGAGAUGGAUGACUUCAUCGAUGAUGGGUCGGACAUGAAUAUGGAACAAAUCUCAAAGGAAAUUCAAUCAAUAUUUGGCUACGAUAAGUCCAGGUUUAUGGGAAUGGAAGAGGACGACGAGUGCAUGGAGUCAAACUUUGGUCAAAUUGAUCAAGAGGAACUGCGCAGUCUUAAAAUAGGUUUGACAGAAGACUGGGAAGACAUGAAGAAGGAGAUGGAGGAGAAGAGAGCGAAGGCGAGAAGGAGAAUGGAACUGAUGAAGAAGAAAAGGUGAUUCCAGUUCCACGAGUCUAGAGCCGUAAUUUAGUUUUUAUUUAAGUGCUGUAUUUGUGUAUAUUAUCUCAAAAACCGUACAAUAGAUCAUUCGGUUUCCUUAAAUUAGCUCAAAUAUACCUCAGACAAUAUUUGAGGUAACUAUAUUAUGUACUACAAAAUGAUGCUUGUCUUUAUUAUGUUUUGUACAAGAAGAUAUGCUAAAGUUCACUGGAUUUAUCUUCACAGUCUUAUAAUUACAAAAACAUAAAUAUUAUGUUUUGAAGUAUUUUUCUCUGCUCCAGAACAUAAACAAGACGUGUGCUCCGUCAUUUACCAUUAGAUAUCCUAAAUGAAUCUUUAAGUUUUGCUAUCAAAAUUUAAAUAGUGUUUUAAUGCAUAUUUAUUGAUCUAGGUAUAAUGUAUUAUUUUAUACACGAUUUUAUACGUUAUUGUAUUACGUAACUUUACAUGUGUUUUGUUUAAUUCUUUUAGAGUGCUGUGAUAGGCAUAUUUUGUUGAUAACGAUUAUCAAAAACAAUGUUGUAAGUUUACAGGGCUUAUUAUUCACUUUCUCACCCUUGUAAGAAUGUUUGUUAUAUAUGAAUUGUCUGGUUUUUUCUGUUUCAAUACUUGCCAGUAAAUAAUGCACAGGGAAAACGAGGACUCAAAUUUAAAUUAUUAUUACGUUUUACGAAAUAUAUUUUUAAGAACCGUUUUUGAAUCUGUGAUUUAUGUUGCUGGAAGACAUAAUAUUUUAUUUUAUUUUAUUUCUUUUAAUAAAUUUGAGUGGGUUUUUGUGAUACUAGACUUGUUAAACAAGUUUGGACUUGUAACGUUAUUUGGCUUUCGUACAUUGCCAAAGGUUUUCUGAAGACAACCUUUCUCGUACGGCAUAAAAGCCCAGUUCAUACUUACAAUUUUAUAAAAAGUGAAAUUACUUUUACACUGAGAGUAUAUAUAAAUAGUAGAUAUAUAAAAUAUGUAGUGUUUUGUAUUCCAGCUAAGUUUCUAUUGUAUGUAUAUGGCAGAUAGCAUAAUAAAAUUGUCUCUCUUUUUAAAAUAAUGAAAAUAAAGUUAAAAGCUUUAUAGGGUGGUAAUUACACUCUUUAAAAUAUGUUGUUUAUUUUACCCGUGUUUCCAAAAAAGCGUUGGGGCCAAUUCAAAUUUCAGAUGUCAACACACUUAUCGACCCAUAAAUUGAAGAAAAAUUCAAUCUGGCACAAUGUAUAAAAUCCGUUUAUCUUGUCCCUAUACGAAAUGGCAGUUAAUUAAUUAAUAGCUGCAAAUUUUUGUCAGUCAAACUUUUUUUCUUUGGCUGUACUGUUAGAUUGACCUUUUUUAAUCUUUGGAAUAUUUUUAUUACAUGAUUGGAAGUUUGUUUUGAAGUUCUUUUUGCUAAGCUCUUUGUUCCUAAAUGGGGAGGGCUUUGAAAUGACUACAAAUUUGUAGUUCUUUAUUUUUACUCAUCUGAAAUAGUACUUACAGCAAAAUCCAAAUCUGAUUCAUACAGGAAGUUUUAACUUGUACUCAUAAAAAAUGGCAGAUCGUUCAAAAAUGUACCUUUAUUAUUUAGGGUUUAAAAAUAAAAAUGAGGAAUAGAGGGAAAUGAGAAACUUUAAUAUUUUAAUGCGGAAUUUAGUGGUGUAAUGAUUAUUUCCAGAAUUAGUCAAAUGUCAAUCAAUCAAUCAAUCUUUAUUUGCCUUUUUACAUAUGACAUGCAUUGACAAAGUCAGUAAUAUUGUCUAGAUGACAUGGUCAGAAACAAGCAAUAAAACCAAACUAUUCAGUUUUUAAAAUAUCAUUACAGUUUAAAAUUAUUCUUUGAAUAUCAAUAUCAUAAUGAAAGACAAUAGUUUAACAAAAGGAGAUUUUAAAAUAAUUGAACAACAAAAGAAUUUAUAAAAGUUUAACAGAUAUUAAAUUUAAAAAUAUUUUAACUGAUUGCACGUGAAUUACUACAAUACUAGCACAACAAUUUGAAAUCUUAGGAUAACAGGUUACAAUAUAAGAUUCUACAGAUGAAAUUUACAGUACUGAAUAAAAAAAGGACAGUUUCUAGAUUAAAAUUGAACAAUUUACUGAAAUCUCAUUGUUGUUUACAAAUAUAUGUUUUCAAUUGUAGUAUAACAGAUUUAGCGAGCUGUACAGUGGAUCCUGUAUACAUUAUUAACAAACUAAAAAUUUAAUAUCCUUGUAGUUAAAAAACUCUGAUAGGGUAUAGAAAGGAUUGUUCAAAAGCCAAUGUCACUAAUUAUAAAGGGAAAAGGUAUAUUUAUUAUUGAAACCGAAAUGUGGAAAUCAAAUUUUUAAACUGUCACCGUUUGUAUAGGGAUAAGUAAACGUUUUUUCAUAAACCACAUUAGAAUUCCUUUUUUUUUUUUUUGUUCGUACAUUUGAUGGGUUACAUGAUGGUUGGCUGACGUUUUGAAAGUUUGAAUUGCCUCUUCUUCACAUUUUUAGAAAAAAGGGCUAACAAACGAAUGCUCAAAAAAAUUACUAGAACUCUUUGAAGUACUAGAAGAUUUCCCUGUUACUUUUAUUGUACUUUCAUUAUUUUAAAAAUAUAAAAGAAGCUGGGUUUUACUUCAUAAAAAUAUCACCAAAACGAGACAAAGUGUAAUUCAGUUUGAAUUACAUUUAUACAAUUAUUAUGGUAUUUCAAAAUAAAAAUUUGUGGGCCAGUAGUAACAUAAUCAACUAAUUAUUAAUAUACAAAUUACAUAAUUUGUACUUAAUGACAAUUUUUUCCACCUUGUAACGUGUGUGUGUGUGUUUUUCAUUACUCUUUUCUUGUUAUAUCUGUGUUAUAAAACUAAUGUUGUGGUUAUUUUGGGUUGUGAUUGUUUAUUUUUGUAAUCAUAGUAUUGUUUUUCCCUGUUUGAAUGUUUACUAAUUUGUACAUAUACAAAAUUAGAAGUUUUAGUCAUUUUUAUCCAUAAUUUAAUUUUUAAGUGUGCAUGUAAAAUGUCUAAGUGACUAAGGUUGUCUUUAGUGUGUAGUAUUUCUAUUGUCUGACAAUACAGAUCAGUUCAAUAAGGUAAAACAUAAUUAUUGUGUUAGGCUAAAUACAAGUUGUGAAAAUGUAUUAAAAAUAUUUUGAAGUUGAAACUUAUUUAUUUAUAAGUUUAAAAUUCAUGUAGAACAAUAUAUGUCACAAUUUUUUAAUAAUUAUAUUAAAAAACGUCUUAAAUCUCACAGCUUGGAGUUUACAUUUAUUUUUUACAAGGUAAAAAUUAAGUUGAAAUUAAAUUAACCUUGCGGUUACAGAACAAAACGUAAUCUACUUACUGGAUAGCCCUCGUAUUAUGUUUUUUUUUAUUAUUUUGAAUGUAUCAAGAAAUACCUUUAAUAUGACAAGCGAAAAUAUAAAUUCUUUGUGUACUUUAACCUCUUUCAGUUGGUGUCUAUAUUAUUUGACCAUAUCAAGUAAUAAUAAAAAACAAAAGUGCGUUUAAGCUGGUGUAAUCGAUUAUGGGCUUGAAAAAUAUGUUUAAUGUUAAAUUCAUAGCUUUUAAGAUAACUGUCGUCCUUUUAACUAUUUAUGAGAAUUGUUUUUAUUAUUUAAUAUAAUUGACAUUUAAACUAAAUUAAAUUUCAUAAUAAAUAAAAAAUGUCACUACUUAACCCUUUGGCUGCUAAGAAUUUUUUGACAUGUUAUCCCAAAAGUGCUCAGGUUUUUAUCGGAUUUUAUCCCAAAAGUGCUAAGCCUAAAAUGGUGAAUUUGUAGAGUUUUACAAAACAAAUCAUAAGUUCCUCAAAUUUUAACCUAUUUCAUU